GAAUUUCUCUAUCACCUUCGCCUGUUAUGCUCGACCUCAAAUGGCUGGUCCUCUGCUUCUUCGGGACGCUCUAUUUCCUUACUCUCGGCUCCACAGCUACCGGCGUUUCGUAGCGGGAAUCGCUGUGACUGAGACGCCUCACCGCAUAUUGUGCUGUGCCCCCACCAACUGGGAGCCUGGACGAGCAGAUGAGAAAGCUAGCUAUGCUGCUCAAAUCUCCAAGCUGCUGAGAGCUAAGGACCUUGCAACUCAACCUAGGUCGGACGACCCCGAUUAUCGGAAAUGGAAGGAUAAAGAAAAAGAGAUCCUCAAGGACAUUGAACCAAUUGUUAGGCUAACAAAGGAUAUCCUCCACUCGCGAAGGUACAUGGAUGGAGAGCAAUUGACAGCUGAGGAUGAGAAAGUUGUGGUAGAGAAGCUUCUUGCUUACCAUCCACGUUCUGAAGACAAGAUUGGAUGCGGUCUUGAGUCAAUUAUGGUCGAUCGUCAUCCCCAGUUUAGAUGCUCAAGAUGUCUUUUUGUUGUAAGAACUGACGGUGGCUGGAUCGACUUCUCGUACCAGAAGUGCCUUCGUGAGUAUAUUAGAAAUAAAUACCCGUCUCAUGCCGAAAGGUUUAUCCGAGAACAUUUAAAGCGAGGGGGUCGUUGAUAUGUAUAUUUUGGAACUUGAUUACUGAUUUUGGCUUCUCAGUCUAACAAUAUCGUGACUGCUGCCUCGUUUAAUUUUUUGGCCCCCAUUGUUCAAUGCUCUCUACCUAGUUUUAUCGAUUUGUCAAUGGUGGUUGAUAACCAUUGACCAGCAUAUCAAGCUUUUUCGUUAAGUGACAUAGAAAAUGAUUGAAGUUGAGCUUCACUUUGUUGACUUGUGUCUUGCGAAAUGUUGUGUUAGCGUUGCAGGAAUUGGUGGUUAGGUAACCUAUAGGUAAUAGGAAUGAAGCUUUGAAUG